AUGCACAUCAUUCUUGACAUCCACUUCCUGCCCGGCGGCGUCAACGACAUGGGAUUUGGCGAAGGCGAAGGCCGCUUCGGCUGUUCGGGGAGUCCGCGCUCGUACACUCUCGACCCGAUGAACAAGCCAGUCGACAACCGCGACUUAUCCACUUUCGGGACGCCGGCUACGUUGUCGGAUAACGGCGUGGUUUGGUUCCAAGGCGAAGCCUUCUGGUCCCCUGCAUUUCCGCGCAGUACAAACCUCGUCUUCGACGUGCACAACUACUAUUUCGCCGGGCGCCCCACCGACUUCGACAACGUCACCGCGGACAUCUGCGCUAACGACAAAGCUUCCGCCGGCGACGGCAAGUUCCCCGUUUUCAUUGGCGAGUGGUCCAACGAGAUGACUGCGGAUAACUAG